AUGGCUACCUUCACGUACGAUAUCACCUCCUCUGGACCUGCCAACCGUUCUCCCUCACCUCGGCUGCACAUGGAGCACCUCCUGUGGGCGUACACUCCUGAUCCUCGGUCAGACGAAGUGCACCAGCACCUCCUUCCAAUGCCCAUGCCCAUGCCCGUGCCCCUCUUCUCUGCGUCCGGUGACCUCUCUAAGGAUGCAGCAAGUGAGGUGAUUGCUGAUUUUUCUGCCCUGCCAUCCACCGUCUCUGGUCUCGAUGACAUUAACUGGGACGAAUGGAUCCUGUUCGACUCCCCCCCAGUCAAUGUUCCCCCACCGUCACUCCAACUGUCGGAUUUCUCCGACGACCCCAUCGAGGAGGCUCACCCAAGCCCGAGCGAUGUUGCUGAUGACCCAUCCAAUCGACGAGAGCCAACUCUUCCCCUGGCCCCAGAAGAUCGCGAAGGCAACACAUCGAAGGAGCCGUUGAACUCCGAUGAUUCCAUCGAGGCUGACCCACGCCCGGGCGAGGAACAUCACAUCCAAGCCCACCGAUCAGAGCAAGUUACCCCCCUGGUGUCCGACCGUUGGGAAGGUGAUGCGUUGGGGGAGCUGGAUAAGCGGGAAUACAUUAUCUUGCCCCUUUCUCAAGUGAAGAUACUGAAGCUGGUCUAUGAGCGAGACGGGGAUGAGAUGUACCAGAUAGUAGGAUGGACAGAUUUACAAGAAACGUGGGGCACGCAAGAAAAGCCUUGGAAGUACUCAGGUUCUGCUGAGAGUGUUCCAGUGGGUUAUGAGGUAUAUGCCAAUAUGACAUUGGACGAUUUGCAGGAGCUUGGAGGUUUGGAACUGCUGGCAGCUUAUUACUCCUGGAAGAACAACUGUCGUCAAACGAGGUCACGUGGAUUAUACAAGUUAGGGUUAUCGGCAAGAUUAGUCAGCAUUCUGUUCACCACCCUUGGUAGCUCAUCGAAGUACAGUCUCUGUCCAAACUCGAGGGCCGAAGUCCAAUCAGGCCAAAGGCACGGUGGCAGAAGAAUAUUGACAAAAGGCCAGGGACUACAUCAUGUGGUCACUAGCAUAAUGACCAAGGACCACUGA